UGCACCUGAUCAGCUUACAUUGGAGCUUGGCCGCUAAUGGGUAAUUCAUUCCCGCAGACUUGAUCGAGUUUUGUUCAACUUUUGUCGAAAAUCACAUUGUCGGCCCCAAGAUGCCCAGAGCCUUGAUACUGGUGGCGGAUGGGUCGGAGGAGAUUGAGUUUGUCACGCCUUACGAUGUCUUGACUCGAGCGGGGUUCGAGGUCAAAAGCGCUGGUGUGUCGCUUCAGAACGAGACAUUUGCCCACAUGUCACGUAAUAUCCGUAUUGUGCCCGACUAUCCACAGCUGCUUUCUGUGCCGUCACAGACUGCGCACGAGUACUUUGACGUGCUUGUUCUUCCGGGGGGCGGGCCAGGGUCCAAGGCGUUUUGCGAGAGUGAUGCCGUGCUGGAACUAAUCAACAACUUCGGCAGCGCUGGAAAGUGGGUGGCGGCGAUUUGUGCGGCUACGACUGUGUUGGUGGCUUCGGCGAAGAAGUUUGAGAGCGAGAAGAAGAGAGUUACCAGUCAUCCGAGUGUGGCCGAGGACGUCAAGGUGGCUGGCUGGCAGUACAGUGAAGACAGAUUGGUGGUUGACGGCAAGGUGAUUACGAGUCGAGGGCCUGGUACUGCCAUGCUGUUUGCCCUCACGAUUGUCGAGGUGAUUGGCGGCAAGGAAAAGCGAGACGAGAUUGCCGGGCCAAUGGUGCUUGCUGAGAAGCUGUAGGAUACGUACUUGGAGCGAUAUUGUUGAGUAGCAAUGCAAGUCACCGUGCAACAC